UGGCUAUACAGAGAGGGGAAAAAAGGAGAAAGAAAGAUUCACUCUUUCAGAGAAUUUCCUAAGUGUGUUUGCCUUUACGUAUUUUCCAGCCUCUUCCAAAGGCUAGGGUUUUAUAGAAUAUAGUAUGUAAAACUUCAGUGCAUUUGCCGAAAUUUUCAGCUCCUCACUUCCUCUGCGAGUUCAUUUUGAUCUUGGAUUGCGUCCUCACUCUUCAGUCAUUUGGGACUUGGGAGGAUGUUGUCCUGAUUAGCUUCGCUGGAGAAGAUUGGACUGAGCCGGGGAUCAAUGGGUGGGACAAGAUCUGCUCCUGAGUAUAAAGGAGCAAAGAUCUAUGGACAAUUUUUAUUGGGACUUGUGUUGAUCUGCACGAUUCAUUUUUCCCAAGCGGACACGAAUCCUACUGACGUUUCUGCAAUAAAUAACUUUUAUGCUGCGCUGGGCUUCCCUGUUCUCCCUGGGUGGGUUCCAAGUGGGGGAGACCCGUGCGGACAAGCAUGGCAAGGCAUUCAGUGUAAUGGUUCAGAUAUACAGACAAUAGUUCUGGUUGGUGCAAAUUUGGGAGGCGAACUAGGUGAUAGCUUGGGAACGUUUGUUUCUAUAAAGAAAAUAGAUCUAAGCAACAACCACAUUGGGGGAAGUAUUCCAUCCAGCUUGCCAGUCUCCUUGCAAAAUUUUUUUCUUUCAGAUAACCAGUUCACUGGAAGUAUUCCAACCUCUUUAUCUACCUUGACUGAACUGACAGUCAUAUCUCUUAAUGACAAUCAAUUAUCAGGAGAAAUCCCGGACGUAUUUCAAUCACUUACAAAAUUGGUUAAUCUAGAUUUAUCGAACAACAAUUUAAGUGGGGAACUGCCUCCGUCUGCGGAGAAUUUGUCAGCUUUGGCCUCCUUACAUUUGCAGAACAAUCAACUAUCUGGGACCCUUGAUGUUUUACAAGACCUUCCACUGAAUGAUUUGAAUGUAGAGAACAACCAAUUCAAUGGACCAAUCCCUCAAAAGCUUCUAAGCAUCGCAAACUUCAGAAAAGAUGGAAACCCAUUUAAUGUUAAUGGCACUACAGCUUCAGCCCCUCCCGCUCGUUCUCCAGCAACAACAUCACCAGGAACUGUGGUCUCUGGGGCCCCAACGACUGGACAUGUGCCUACCAAACCAGCUGAAGGACCAACUGCAUCAAAGGAAUCAAGUUCUGGAAAAGCCAAAAAGAGCACCAAAAGGGUGGUUUGGAUAUCUAUUGCAAGUGUAUUGGGAUUUAUUAUUUUGGUUUUGGCUCUCCUUCUCUUUACUCCUAGAUGUAGUAGAAGGGAAAGGGCUGGCAGAAUUUCUAAGCAACAUCAUAUUGGAGCAUAUGGAGAUGACAGACACAAUCCUAGGAAUCAUGGGACUUCAGUCCAACCACUCAGUCAAACUGAGAAAGGACCAAAGGGAGCUGUUCUGAGAACAAAGGAGGAUCAUCAAGCAGAGACCAGGAGAGUAGAAGCUAUACCCAGGUCACAAGAUGAGCAAGGCAAAGAUGUACGAAGAAUGGGAACAUUACCCAAGCCGGAUGAUCAUGAGAUAGACAUGAGUGCACUGGAUGUGUACUCAUUACCUCCCCCUCCCCCUCCACCUCCGCCUCCACCUCCACCACCCCCUCCACCACCCCCACCACCUAAGGAGAAGGUGACUGCUGAGUCAGUUCCUUUCCCUCGAGGGGCUACGAUCAAUCCUUCUGCCAAAAAGCCAGUUUCUCCCACUUUUGCAAAAUCUUUCACCAUUGCAUCCCUUCAACAGUAUACGAACAGCUUUUCUCAAGAUAACCUUAUAGGAGGAGGCAUGCUGGGGACUGUGUACAGGGCAGAGCUGCCUGAUGGGAAGCUACUUGCUGUGAAGAAACUGGACAAAAGAGCUUCUGAGCAUCAAAAGGAUCACGAUUUUCUUGAACUGGUAAACAGUAUUGACAGAAUCAGGCAUGCAAAUAUUGUUGAGCUUAUCGGUUACUGUGCUGAGCAUGGCCAAAGGCUGCUGAUCUAUGAGUACUGCAGUAAUGGGUCACUGCAGGAUGCACUGCAUUCAGAUGAUGAGUUCAAAACAAGAUUGUCAUGGAAUGCUCGCAUUCGGAUAGCCCUUGGGGCGGCCAGAGCUUUAGAGUAUUUGCAUGAGAUCUGCCAGCCACCUGUUGUACACAGAAACUUCAAAUCUGCCAAUAUUCUCCUUGAUGAUGAUCUAUCUGUGCGUGUUUCUGAUUGUGGUUUGGCUCCCUUGAUAACUUCAGGUUCUGUAAGUCAGCUCUCAGGGAACCUGCUAACAGCUUAUGGCUAUGGAGCUCCAGAAUUUGAGUCCGGAAUUUACACACACCAGAGUGAUGUGUACAGUUUUGGAGUGGUUAUGUUAGAACUAUUGACAGGCCGCCAGUCCUAUGAUAGGACACGCUCUCGGGGGGAGCAAUUUCUAGUUAGAUGGGCAAUUCCCCAACUACAUGACAUUGAUGCCUUAUCAAAUAUGGUAGAUCCUUCUCUCAGUGGAGAUUAUCCAGCCAAAUCAUUGUCAAACUUUGCAGACAUUAUUUCUCAGUGUGUUCAGUCGGAGCCAGAAUUUAGGCCACCUAUGUCGGAGGUUGUUCAAUACCUACUAGAUAUGAUAAGGAAGGAAUCUCACAGAAAUGGAUCAAAUGAAGAUUGAGGAAAGUAGCAAUAUGUUCUCGUAGAUGAGUGUGCAGAGAUUUACCUCCAGAGUACCAAGAUUCAAGAAGUAGUAGUAUACAUGUCAAAUAGUCGCCCCCUUGCUUCUUUGCUUCCAACUACUGACCCAUCAAGUAUUUAUGUCUAGUACGACUGGGAGGAGAUUUGUUCAAUCAGUUUCAGAGUAUUUUAUUGGUCGCCAAUCCUCCCUCCUCAUUCUUGUACUCAUACUUAACAAUUCUAUAUAUAUAUAGUUCCUUAAAACCUUGCCAUAAUCAUGUUUGUAUUGCACAGAAACUAGAAUUCACUAACCCCAUUUUUGUUUCAUAGUUGUUUCCAAAUAUUUGGUGAUGAAAUGUAAUUUCAUUGUGCAUUCAUUUGAUUCCGUGUUCAGCUCUGAAAAGUGACACGUAAUUCGAUAGUUUGCAUUGUAAUGAUAGAUUUACUUACGUUGGAUUGAACAUUGCUUUUGGACUACGGUGUUGGUUUAAUUAUGGAUUUACCCGUAAAAACAAAUUGUAGUUGGCAA